AUGAACUCCGUGCCAACCGUCUCCGUGCAGCGUCAACUCAAGGAGGACUGGGACAACAGAGAAUUCGAAUACUUUGCAGCGGACAACAUCAAGAAGAUUGGUGAUUCAUUGAGCCAAUUCGGUAUGUGUUUCGAACUUUUUUCAUUCUUUUUUAGUGAGUAGAUGCACGACCAACAUUGUGUAAUAUUUUUUUCGCUGUUUGAACGAUUUGGGACGCGCAAUUAGCGAAAUUUAACGAGCAUCAUCAGACGUGCGAUGUAAAAUAUCUUUUCGUCUGUAAUGACAUUGAAACUUUUGUUUUACAGAAGAUGCUUGCAAAUAGUAACAUAAUAACCGCCUUUUUUUUAAGUUUCCGCAAUUUGGUUGAAAAAAAUGCUUCGGAUUGUGACGAAAUCAAUUUUUCGGGCACCAUCCUUGUAAAGCAUGGCCAUUAUUUACUUUUGCGUAAAACUCAUAAGAUGAUUGAACAAUUUGGUUGAAAAUUUGAAAAUAGCAUGGUGAGGAUCUGGGCUACAUGUGCUAUUAUUUUUGUUGGGUUUGGAGUGUCAAAAAAAUGUGAAGAGACUUCUGCAAAGUUAGUGCAGUAUAAUAUUUUGGUCUGAAAGUUGGGUAAAGAAUUAGCUUUAAUGGUGCCUUUGUAGCAAUUUAUACUUAUUAUUUCAGCCUACACCUGCGGCAACAAAAUCUCCACUUUGAACGACAAGGUUGUUCAGUUGGAACGUCAACUCGAUUUCCUCGAAGCUAAAGUAAGAUUUAUUAUUAUUAUUUGAAUUUAGGUUUCCAAAAUAUCGCAUAGAGCAAGUUUAUGAUGCUACGCUUUUAGUUGAGCCGUGGUGAAACCUUGAACUAAGAAUGUCAACCGCAGGAAAAGUUGUUCAAGCCGCUCAGCGGGUUGUAACCAAGACCGUUACUCCAGUCUCUUCUCACUCCGCCGAUGAAGCUCGUUUGGCUGUCCUCACGUUGUACAAGCGGUUGUAAGUUUGGUUGGCUGCUCAUGAAGAGAAUUUUUUGUGACCUCUUGUCAUGUGUAAUAUAAUUUUUUUGUGAACUUCCGCUUUUUGAUUUCAAUUAGCCGUAAUGACGUGUUUUAUAAUAUAACAAGUCGUCUAUGACACUAGAGGCGCCAAUAAUCUCUUGUAUUACAAGUUUUUUUUUCCAAAUAAUAUAGCUGAAUCAGCGAUGUUUCAUGUUAAUCUGACCUAGUUCUCGCUGGUGCAAACCUUCUGUUUCAUCAGAAGAAAAUAGGCUGGGGAAAAACAAUAAUCGAGGAUUGACCUCGCUUCAACGAUUCCGCAAAAAAAGGGGUGCGGAAAUGAGUAUUCAACUAUGAAUUCGACGAUUGAAAUUACUCUCUUUGUGUGAAAUAAUGGAGUGAAAGAAAGAUUAGGUAAAUUGGACGUCUUCCAAGAACAAUUUGAUUGGAAAUCGAGUCGGGAGAUCGUUGGGUUCAGAGAAAUUGAAAUGAUAGCGGUAUUUAAGGUGAUAUCGAUGAGUUCAAAAGGUGGAAAUGAGAGUUGUUUUAUGUUAUUCCAGCGGUUUUAGGGUGAAAUUACGGUUUUUGUGAGAUGAGGCUUUCGAAAAAAAUAUUUUGUUUUGGUGGAAGUCCGCGCUGUCGACCUCGUUUCUGUCCUGUUUUGUCCUAUUUGUCCUUCCUUUCAUCUUUCCCCUCAUUCAUGUGGUUUUUCACAUGAAUCUUCGUCUUCUGUACAAACAUCAUCCGCUUCGGCCCUCUCGACAUCCCUCCUCCCAUAUAGGCCGAAGCUAAAAUUAGCAAAAUUUUGCACGCUUUCCAUGUUUUUCAUCUCGUUCCUCUUAUUUUUUUGGUCUUUUAAUGCGGCGCUGCACAACGAAAAAAAGCGAAGACUGCAAGGAACACGUCGGCCUUUUUCUCUGCCUUUGCUCUCUCCACGUCUUCGACGCGGCUAUUUCGGAACGUUUAUGGAGAUUUCCACGACCUCUUGAUCUUUUGAUGAAAGAGGUGUUGAUGAACUGCUGUUUUAUAGGUCCGAAACGGUUGUUUUGUUUUGGGUUGGUUUUCAUCCUCUAAAUGUUUUUGAAUUUCGGAUUUUGUUUUUUAAUACAGUAGUUGGUUUCCUAGGUUUAAGUUUGAAAGUGUGGAUUUCGUGAUCUUGUCGCUUUUUGGGGCUUAUCAACAAGCUCUGUGUUGUUCUUGGUCGGAUUCGAAACUUUUUUGGAUUUGAGGAGUAAUUCACAUAGUUACUGCCUUGAUUAUGUUGAGAAAGAGGCUGUAUGUGGCUUGAUUAUGGGCGAGAUUUCAGCAGGUACCCGCCACUAUUUUGCCGACGGUCUGAUGUUGGGAUUUUAUUGAAUUUGGGGAUGUUUAACUCUGUUCUAUGUUCUACUGGAUAGUUUUUGUAGUUUUUUUUAUGAAACGGAACUUAUGACCAGGGUUUUACACAUUUUUUGCUUUAUGAAUUAGUUAUGCCUCGCUCACAAGACCUUUCUCGAUAUCUUAAAAACUUUUUUGUCGAAAUUAUUCUCGAAAGUCCAACGCAGCAGUGACGAAAAAAUACUGCGCAACCGCCCCUCAAAAGGCCUCGAAGAGAGCGAGAGAAUGGAGAGAGAGAGAACGGCCGAUUCCAUGGGGGGUUUUCCUGCUCUCCCACCCUUCUUUUUUGUUGCUCUUUUCAGUUUCGCUUUUGGUAAACAUAGCUACGCGAAGCCGAAGGGCUGAGUGGACUAAAGGCUAUGGAUAGGGAUCGAAAUCAUUAUAAGCCCUCGUUUCCGAGCCCAUUUUGAGGGCGAAGGCAGGCAAUCGAUGUGUUUUGAGGUAGUGGGGAAGGCAGGCGAAGGCGAAGUAUUUUGAGAGAUGAGGAGCUAAUUUUGGAGCAGCUUGAAGGCAUUGACGUAAUUUCUAACGGAACUCACCGUUGAAAAAUGACGUAUUGGGCAAUUAUGCUAGCCAAAUCCGCGCUGUAGGCCCGAAUAAAGCUGAAUCAACUACGAUUUUUGCUGACGAAGAUAGGCAGCUCUUCUCGUAAUAUUUUUCUGAUAUGUUGGUUGUUCACACUGCUUUGUUGCUCUAAUUCAGUUGUUUUCUGGAAAUUUAUUUCUAUUGCGUCUGGUCUGCCCCACAUCCAAUAGCUUUCGUCCAGCGCGGGAAUUGGCCGAUGGCCGUCGUUAAACUCAAACGAAAUAAGGGAACGGGAUCGGCCUUCGUCUGCAGAGCGGUUUCUUCGCCUUCCUGCUCUCAUUUCCCCCCAAAUGUUUUUUGUGCCCAUUUAGGGCACAAAAAAACGUUUGGGUCGACCAGAAGUCGAACCGAGAAAUUUGGACUUGUGUCAUAGCUGUCCAAGCUUAUCCGGAUUCGUUUUUGAUGGUUUGGAAUGACGGCUGGACGCGAGGGAACUUGUCGAAGAAUUUUGAUGUUGCUUGUAGCACGGAGAUGACUGUCUAGGACGGUUUUCCAAGAAGUCAGCUUUGUUUUUAAUCCAAUAUGCUGGUAUUCGAUUGUGCGCAUAAAAAAGCGAAUCCAGCCCGAUUAAUGAGUUCUCUUCCAAUUGAGUAGACAGCUCAUUUAUCGAGUAGACUGCCCGCUUCACAGUUGGUCUUUGUUUUUCACCACUCUCGACUGGGAUACUGCGAGAUCUUUGCGCACUUUUCAUCAAAUUUUGGUCUUGGUUUCCGUGUGUUCCCGUUUUUUCUCGCCGAAAUAGAUUUAUUGAUGCAAUCCGGGAAAGUUUUUUCGCGAUUUAAAUGGAUUUGUCUGGCAGGAGGGUUGACCGUAGCUUUUAUGUUUUGUUUGCGAGUCGUUGUCCUUUCUACCUUCAUUUCAUUCAUUUUGAGUUAUUACAUCUGGAGUUAUGAAGUAAUUUCUAGAUUGUAUUCAUUGAGUGCGUUUUGAUAGAGUUUGGGUCGACGUAAUCAGAGAAUUGUUGUGAAAAUUUGACUGCAACAAGAUUGAAGUGAGCUUGAUAUUACUCAAAAGGUCUUUAAUUGUGGACUGCUCGAUGAAAAAAGUGAUUUUUAAUCUUCUUGGGCGAUUUUGUGGUGUAAUACUGCCAAUGGAUGUAUUACACCAUAAAAUUGCCCAGAGAUUAUUGUGCUAGCCGCAGAAUGAGUAAUUGAAAAUACGGGGCUUCCUCGUUUUGUAUGUUCGUUAUUGUGCUCCUGUUUCUGAGGUCGUCGCCUUGACGACGAACGAGAAACAGAACAUAAGGAAUUGAGCGGUUAUAAACUCGAGAUUAGCGGUGUGUUUUUUUUUUUUGAAGUAGCAUUUUUGAAGUGAUGUUUGGACAGUAUAAGGUGAAAAAGCUGAUUUCUGAGCUACUUUCUUUGCGGUUUGGUGAAAUGUAGAGUUCUUGUUGAUUCCGAUGUGUCCUUAUUACAUUUUUUUACACUUAUCACUACAAUGGAGGACCUGAUCCAUUGGAAAAAAACGUACUUUGUAUCCGGGAAGUAUCCAAAAUGCAACAAAAUACCUCCCUCUGCAAGUGAAAAAACUCCGAUUUCAAAAGCGCGCCAGUUCUUUUUGUGAGGGAAACGGCGCGCGUUUCAAAACGGAGUUUUUUUGUUGUAGCGGGAGGUAUUUUGCCACAUUUUAUACUUCCCGGAUGCAAAAUUAUACGUUUUUUGCCAAUGGAUCAGGUCCCUCACUGUAAUGACGAGGUUUAACUAUUUUUUUUGCCCGAAUUAAGGUCCUAAAUGUAGCCCCCAAAUUUUAGCCAACGCUUGACUCCGACCUUCUGGUGGGACUAUGAAUUGACCGACUACCCACUGCCAGUCUUCCGGGAAGUCAUCAAAAAGCAGUUCAUAAAGAAUGCUCACGUGAAAGACCUGCGUAUCAUUGACCGAAAAAUCGCCGAAGGGUACAAGGUAGGGUACAAAUCAAUGUAAAAGGCCUUGGAGUUUGACGAUUUUAUUAAUGUAAAAGCGUUCGAACGUUGUGGUUGUAUAAAAAUUGGUGAUUUUUUCUGAAACCUGCCUUAUAGGACAUUGAAAGCAUCGAGUAUGCCUUCUACAACCCAGAUCACGUCAGAAACUACCUGUUCCGCGAGAAUUUGGAAGCCAAACCCAAGGACUUUUUGUCCAAAUUCCUGCUCAAGAUCGACUAG